CUUCAAUCAAGCUAUUCAUUCAUAUCGAGGUAAAAAGGAAUGCCUCCUCGCCUGAAGACCUUUGCGCAGCUCAGAAACUCCAUCGCCGUCACCCACUACAAUCAACGACAGCAUGCAUUUUCCUCCUCCUCAGACCGGUCGGCAUCGGCACGCGAGCCAACACUAUACGAAGUACUCGACGUGCCGGUGACGGCCACCACAUCAGAGAUCAAAAAACAAUUCUAUUCCCUCUCCCUCCGUCACCACCCAGAUCGCAAUCCGCGCGACCCAACCGCCACCUCCCGCUUCGCCCGCAUUUCAUCCGCCUACCACAUCCUCAGCAACGAAGCAAAACGCCGCACAUACGACCGUGACCAUGGCAUCCACUCCUCCUUGCCCUCAACACAUUCCUCUGCACACCCAAUGGGCAGUUACAGCUCCUACUCUGCAAACCUACACACGAAACAGGGCGCAUCCUACGCAGGCUCCAGACCCGCAAGUGGUCUGAGUAAACGUCGCAGCGCCUUUCGCGGUCCCCCGCCCAGUUUCUAUAGACAUGGUGGGUAUGGGAGAACCGGUCGGACGGCGUCGAGCGCCAACGGCUAUGGUCAUGCACAGGGUGCCGGUCGUGGCGGUGCCGCCCGCGGCGCUACCAGUGAUCCAGAGGAUGCGACGGCGUUUGUUGAUCGGAAUCCCGUGUCGCAUUUUAAUGCUCGCGGCCAUUUCAGGACUCAGUCUGCUGAGGAUGAGAGGAGGGAAGCACGUCGUGCCCGCGCGAGGCGGGUGAGUGCUGAGGAGAUGAUGAGGACGGGCGGCCAUUCUGGGUUGCGGUUCGUUGCUGUUUGUGCCAUUCUCGUUGGGACUGGUCUUGUUACGGCUCUUUUUCCAGGUGCGAGGUGA